AUGGGCAGGGGAAAGUACAAGAACAAACCCACUGGUCACCGCCAGUUCUCCACUCGUGAAGAUCUUCUUGCUGGUACCUCCAGCCGUCCCCGUUCUUUUUCUAAGCGAGAAGCUGAACAUGAGGAAGAACCUGAAGAGGAUUUUGUAUCCUUCGAAGACGGGUCUGAUGAAGAAUCUGAUGGACAAGAUGAAAAGAAGAAGGGCGUUCAAGGUAUAAUUGAGAUUGAAAAUCCUAAUUUGGUAAAGCCAAAGACGUUGAAAGCUAAAGACAUCGAUAUUGGAAAACCAACUGAACUCUCACGGCGUGAAAGGGAAGAACUAGAGAAGCAGAGAGCCCGUGAGCGAUAUAUGAAGUUGCAAGAACAGGGAAAAACUGAACAAGCAAAGAAAGAUUUAGAGCGUUUGGCGCUUAUACGACAACAAAGGGAGGAAGCUGCUAAAAAGCGAGAAGAAGAAAAAACUGCCAAAGAACAGAAGAAGGCUGAAUCCCGCAAAUGA